GUGGAAAGACAGGAGGUGAAAAACACGUGCAUUCAUUGCGGGUGGGAGUGAAUUGAGCUUCACUAUUCCAGUGUGCAAAGAACAUCGAUCGGGUUAAGGUUUUCUGGAACCGCAAAUCGUGUGUCCCAUAAUACCUGGACCUGCUACUCUGUUUUGCCUUCACAAAUCAUCGACUCAAAGGACAAGUGACCAAAAAGGCUCAGCCCCCAAAAGCAGUUAGGGUGGUGAGAAUAUUGUGGGAAUUAAUGGCUGGUCUAACUGGACACCCAGUUCUGGAAAUUGGCGAUAAGUUCGAGGAACUUCAAAAUAAUAUUAUUAACAAUAAUAAAAACAAGGAGGUUAUAGACAAGGCAAGGUUGGUGGUGAAAGGAGAGGAAAAUAGUAAUAACAAUAACAAUAAUCAGGGAGGUGAGAGAGAUAUGGCUCCUCCUACUAGCAAUUCGCUUCACAGGUCAGGUUCAAGGCCUCAACUUGACCUUAGCAAAGCUGCAAUCCAAGGCAAUUCUGAGGAAAGGGAUCCUACCAUUUUGUUGCCUAAUCAAUCUGAUGAUAUUUCUCAUUUUGCUCUUGAUAUUGGAGGCUCUCUUAUUAAGUUGGUGUACUUUUCAAGACAUGAAGGUCAAUCAAUUGAUGAUAAGAGGAAGAAAACUGUCAAGGAAAUUUCAAAUGGUAGCAGGAGAAGCUAUCCUAUUCUUGGUGGGAGGCUUCACUUUGUGAAGUUUGAGACAAGCAAGUUGAAUGAAUGUUUGGAUUUUAUUUCUUCCAAGCAGCUUCACAAUGGCAGAAUUGAUUCUCAUUACUGGAAUUCUGAGGCCACAAACAAAGAAAAUGCAGUUAUCAAGGCCACAGGGGGUGGGGCAUACAAGUUUGCAGACCUCUUUAAAGAAAGGCUUGGGGUCAGUAUCGACAAAGAAGAUGAAAUGGAUUGUCUUGUGGCAGGAGCAAAUUUCUUACUAAAGGCUAUUCGUCAUGAAGCUUUCACACACAUGGAGGGUCACAAAGAGUUUGUUCAGAUUGACCACAAUGAUCUGUUCCCCUAUCUUCUUGUUAAUGUUGGAUCUGGUGUUAGUAUGAUAAAGGUUGAUGGGGAUGGAAAAUUUCAGCGUGUUAGCGGAACAAAUGUUGGAGGUGGUACCUAUUGGGGAUUGGGGAGGCUACUAACGAAGUGCAACAGCUUUGAUGAACUGCUAGAACUGAGUCAAAGGGGAGACAACAGGACCAUAGACAUGCUUGUUGGAGACAUUUAUGGUGGUAUGGAUUACUCUAAGAUUGGUCUCUCUGCUUCAACCAUAGCUUCAAGUUUUGGCAAGGCUAUCUCUGACAAAAAGGAGCUUGAAGAUCACAGACCUGAAGAUAUUUCCUUGUCUCUCUUGCGAAUGAUUUCAUAUAAUAUUGGGCAGAUAUCAUACUUAAAUGCACUUCGGUUUGGGCUUAAGCGAAUUUUUUUCGGAGGAUUUUUCAUUAGGGGUCAUGCGUAUACUAUGGAUACAAUCUCUUUUGCUGUUCAUUUCUGGUCACAGGGACAGGCACAAGCUAUGUUCUUGCGACAUGAAGGGUUUUUGGGAGCCUUAGGUGCAUUUAUGAGUUAUGAGAAGCUUGGCCUCGAUGACUUGAUGGUGCAUCAGUUAGUUGAAAGGUUUCCAAUGGGCGCACCAUACACAGGAGGAAAGAUACAUGGACCACCACUUGGUAACUUGAAUGAAAAGAUUUCUUGGAUGGAAAAGUUUGUGUUGAAGGGGACUGAGAUUACUGCACCAGUACCAAUGGCUCCACCUGGAACCACUGGACUUGGGGGAUUUGAAGUUCCCUCUUCCAAAGGUGGUACUCUGCGCUCUGAUGCUAGUGCUUUAAAUGUUGGUGUUCUCCAUCUUGUACCCACUUUGGAGGUGUUCCCGUUAUUAGCCAACCCUAAAAUGUAUGAGCCUAAUACCAUUGAUCUCUCAGAUCACUGCGAGCUUGAGUAUUGGUUCACUGUGCUUUCAGAGCACUUGCCAGACCUUGUUGAUAAGGCAGUGGCAAGUGAAGGUGGAACUGGUGAUGCUAAAAGAAGAGGUGAUGCUUUUGCUCGUGCUUUCUCUGCUCACUUGGCAAGGUUGAUGGAGGAACCAGCUGCUUAUGGGAAGUUAGGAUUGGCCAAUCUUUUGGAACUAAGGGAAGAAUGCUUGAGGGAGUUUCAAUUUCUUGAUGCUUAUAGAAGCAUCAAACAGAGGGAAAAUGAGGUAUCUCUUGCUGUUUUACCUGAUCUAUUGAUGGAGCUUGAUCGUAUGGAUGAGGAGGCAAGGUUGCUUACCUUAAUUGAAGGUGUUCUAGCUGCAAACAUAUUUGAUUGGGGAUCCCGAGCCUGUGUUGAUCUCUAUCAUAAAGGAACAAUUAUCGAUAUUUAUAGAAUGAGUCGGAACAAAAUGCAAAGACCCUGGCGUGUGGAUGAUUUUGAUCUCUUUAGGGAGAGAAUGUUAGGGUCAGAAGGGAAGAAACCUCGGCCCCAUAAGAGAGCUUUACUCUUUGUGGACAACUCAGGUGCUGAUGUUGUCCUGGGCAUGCUUCCACUAGCAAGAGAACUUCUCCGACGUGGAACAGAAGUUGUUUUGGUUGCAAAUUCUCUCCCUGCACUGAAUGAUGUAACCGCUAUGGAGCUUCCUGACAUUGUUGCUGAGGCUGCAAAGCAUUGUGACAUCCUUCGCAGAGCUGCUGAAGCUGGAGGUCUCCUAGUGGAUGCAAUGACUAACACUCUAGAUGGAUCUAAAGAAAAUUGUUCUUCGGUUCCUUUGAUGGUUGUUGAGAAUGGGUGUGGGAGCCCAUGCAUCGAUUUGAGGCAGGUCAGCUCGGAGCUAGCUUCAGCAGCCAAACAUGCUGAUUUGAUUAUCUUAGAAGGAAUGGGUAGAGCUCUUCACACCAACUUUAAUGCUUGGUUUAAAUGUGAAGCCCUGAAGCUCGCGAUGGUGAAGAACCAGAGGUUGGCAGAAAAACUGAUCAAGGGAGAGAUUUACGAUUGUGUUUGCAGAUAUGAACCUGCGAGUUAAAAUAUUAUAUACUAACAUGGAGAAUGGAGAUAAGAGCAAUGGAAAGCUGUCAGCAUUAGCCUAUAUUUAUAUGAUAUUGUUUAAAUUUCUCCAUCUAAGUUUGUGAUUUUGUUGAAUAGGGCAGUCAGUGGUUAGUGUGUACUGAGUGAUUAGCAGGCAGCUGAGCUAAGCUUGAGACACCUGCGCUCAAUUCUUGAAGACUGUUACUGUUUGUAUGAUUCGAGAAAGAAGAUAGAAUAAUGUUUAGUAGGGCUGCACUGCACACAUCACAAACGUUGUUCAAUGUAUCAUCAGACUGUAUACUAAUCAACAGAAUGAAGAAUUUGGACAUCGAUUGCAUAGUUUA